GUAUUUCACCCGUGGCCAAUAUCUAUCAUUACCUUAUCUCCCGUGAUUCUGUCGAACCUCCAUUGUCUGUUGUUGUCCACGCAGUGAUACAAGGAAAAUUUAACCUUUCUUUUUUCAUUUGCCAUAUGAUUUGAUAUCACACUAACUCAAACCUACUAUGAUGAAGAUUUUCUCCUCAAUUCAACCACGCACCCCACCAUUUUCGUUGUACAAGAUUUUUCUCUCACACUACUCAAGGACUCAACUUUCUUUUCCUACAAAGGUCUUCUUUUGCCAGGCAAAAUCUGAUGGUGCUUUUUACUCAGGCACAGACGGAUCAUUGAAUUUAGAAGUGGUGUCUCCCACUCUGUUAGUAGCAGAAAAGGAAGAAGCCAAGGCUGUGUUGACUUUGUUUUUAAAGAAACAAGGUUUGAGCAAUGCUAUUGCCACUAGAACCAGCAAGAAGUCAGAUCAUUUUAUUGAUCACCUUGUCUCAAGGCUUCACUCUAAACACAAAUCUUGGUAUCUUGCAGGGAGAGAGCUAACGACUCUAGAGAUCAGGGACACACUUAUCCCUUAUCUUGAAUCUCUUUUCGAAGAGCAUGGAGACAUCCUAGUGAAUGUAGUGGAAAACUAUCCAAAUCCACCUGGUAAGGAUAAAUCAGCUGUGCCGAUUCCUCCUUCUAAUCCAGUGUCAGACUCUAAGAAGCUUAAAGCUGUGUCUCGAGUGAGUGAGACAGACCCAGAUGGUGGCAAUCUUCGCCCUCAUAUUGUCUAUCUCAUGGACCUUGGUAUGGAUAUUGAGCAGAUUAGGAGUAUCACACGACGAUUUCCAUCUUUUGCCUACUAUAGCUUGGAGGGUAAAAUUAAGCCAGUGGUUGAGUUUUUUCUUGAACUUGGAGUGCCAAAAGAGAACAUUCUUACUAUCCUCACUAAAAGACCUCAAUUAUGUGGAAUCAGUCUAUCUGAAAAUCUUAAACCCACCAUGAAGUUCUUUGAAUCUUUGGGUGUUGACAAAAACCAAUGGCCAAAGGUGAUCUAUCGCUUCCCAGCACUGCUAACUUAUAGCAGGCCGAAAGUGAUGGAAAGCAUAGAUUUUCUCCUUGAAUUAGGCCUCUCAGAAGAGAGUAUAGGUAAGAUUUUAACUCGCUGCCCCAACAUUGUUAGUUACAGUGUAGAGGACAAUCUCCGACCCACGGCUAAGUACUUCCAUUCUUUGGGGGUUGAAGUUGGCGUUCUUCUCUUCAGAUGCCCUCAAAAUUUUGGUCUUAGCAUUGAGAACAACCUAAAGCCUGCAACAGAAUUUUUCUUGGAGCGGGGAUACACUUUGGAAGAAAUUGGGACCAUGAUUUCAAGAUAUGGAGCCUUGUAUACUUUCAGCUUGACUGAAAAUUUGAUUCCAAAAUGGGAUUUCUUCUUGACCACAGGUUACCCAAAAUCUGAGUUGGUUAAGUUCCCUCAAUAUUUUGGAUACAAUUUAGAGGAAAGGGUUAAACCUAGAUUCACAAUUAUGAAAAAAUAUGGAGUGAAGUUACUGCUGAAUCAGGUUCUUUCACUGUCAAGCAGCAACUUUGAUGAAGCCUUGAAAAAGAAAAUGAAGAAAAUGCAAGUUAGUUAGGAUUCUAGUCAUAGCAGCAAACUUGCUCAAUCAGAUAUUGAAAAAUGAGACUUUCAGGCAAUGUUUCUGGUUAGAAAAGAUGCUCAACUUCAAGAUUUUUGUUUUCGGGGUAUCAAUGACACAAUGGCUGCAAAUUUAUGAGAACUGAAAAGUUGCAGUUAUACUAGAACAUGAUCAAAUAGAUAGCUCUUGAAACCAAAAUAUAGUUCAUGCCCAUGAAUUAAGCUGUAUUGGAGUGAUUUAGAGCAUGUUAGCUGCUGAAUUCACAACUUGUAACCAGGUCUUUUUACAUGAAUGACACUUACCCUGGUUAGCUCUACUUGCCAAUUGCUGCUGUAUGUGAUUGAUUUUUAUCUCCUUAUAUUAACCAGGUCUUUCUUGUGUCAUUUCAUUUUAAAUACAGAUUAUAAACCUUUUGGAAACUCUGAUGGAUACUGAUAUGAGCGUUUACUCUA